AUGGUGGGUGGUGGCAGUUCCAAAUCCGACAUCUCCUUUGCUGGCACUUUCGCCAGCAGUGCUUUCGCUGCAUGUUUUGCCGAGGUGUGUACUAUUCCUUUGGACACUGCAAAAGUUAGGCUUCAGCUUCAAAAACAGGCUGUAAUUGGUGAUGUGGUGGCCUUACCUAAAUAUAGGGGUAUGCUUGGAACCGUUGCAACCAUUGCCAGGGAAGAAGGUCUUUCAGCACUUUGGAAGGGGAUUGCGCCAGGAUUGCAUCGUCAAUGUUUAAAUGGAGGUUUAAGAAUUGCUUUAUAUGAGCCGGUUAAGAAUUUCUAUGUUGGACCUGACCAUGUUGGAGAUGUUCCAUUGUCCAAGAAAAUUCUCGCUGGAUUUACAACUGGUGCUAUGGCAAUUGCAGUGGCCAAUCCAACAGAUCUUGUGAAAGUUAGACUUCAAUCUGAAGGAAAAUUGCCCCCUGGUGUGCCCAGGCGCUACUCUGGAUCUUUAAAUGCUUAUUCAACAAUAGCCAGACAGGAAGGAGUUGGAGCUCUUUGGACUGGGAUUGGUCCCAACAUAGCAAGAAAUGGCAUCAUUAAUGCUGCUGAAUUAGCCAGCUAUGAUCAAGUGAAACAGACUAUUUUGAAAAUUCCAGGAUUCACCGACAAUGUUUUAACUCAUCUUCUUGCUGGUCUCGGAGCAGGGUUUUUCGCAGUCUGUGUUGGCUCCCCUGUUGAUGUGGUCAAGUCAAGAAUGAUGGGAGAUUCUAGUUACAAAAACACCCUUGAUUGUUUCAUCAAGACAUUAAAAAAUGAUGGACCUUUUGCUUUUUAUAAAGGAUUCAUUCCAAAUUUUGGACGGCUAGGAUCCUGGAAUGUGAUCAUGUUUUUAACUCUAGAACAGAGGUCACAAAACCCAAAAUUUGCAAAAGAAUUUUUAUUGGGCUAUUUUCAAUCUCAUUUUUGUAUUUUUGUUUUCUGUGACAGGCUAAAAGGUUCGUCAAAAAUCUGGAAUCAGCAUGAGUUAGCUGCGGAAUUUUUCCAGGAACGCCAUCAAAUGCAAUGGACAAUGUCAAGAAAAUAA